AAUAAGUGGCUGUUACGAGUAGAUCCAUUCCAGCGGCGAGUCUCCCCAGGAGCGAAUCGCCGAUUUAGUUUGUGGGUGCGUAGGAUUAAAAGGCUGGAGCCUCUGACACGCAGGCCGCGUAUCUUAGCAACACCCACUUCGGAAAGUUGUCUCUCUUCCAGUUCCCUCGUACUCCCUUCUUCCUCUCCUCCACUCUUCGUAUCGGAUUCUCUCUCUAUUUUCUUUCCAUCUGUUUUGUUUUCUUGUGAAACUAACAGAAAAUUCGACAAAACUCUUAAAAGUAACAGAACCUUGUCUCAAUCAUCUUGCGCCUUCUUUUUUUUUUUUUGUUUUUAAUAUAUUUGUUUCCCCAAUACUUAUCUUCUCGUUUCCUACUCUCAACUGUCUCUCAAACCCUAAUUUCCCGUCGUCUUUAAUUUUUAAAGUUGUCUUUUUUUUCCUUUUCAGUUUGAAUUUCUAUCAAGGCGGUUCAUAUUCAUGUAAUUUAAAAAAAAAAAAAAAUUUAAAUCAUUUAUCCCAUUUCUGUGCCUCUAUACAUUUUCUGUUCGAUGAAGAGAGGUGUAUUAGCAGAAGGGUCUGAGAUUAGGUUUUGAGGAAUUAAAGUGGUUGAAGAAGAUGCUUCCUUGGGGUGGAUUAAGUUGUUGUUUGAGUGCAGCUGCUCUUUACCUUCUUGGGAGGAGCAGUGGAAGGGAUGCGGAGAUUCUGAAAUCGGUUACUCGGGUCAAUCAGUUAAAGGAAUUGGCACAAUUAUUGGAUGCCGAGUGUAUAUUGCCCUUGGUGGUUGCCAUAUCUGGGAGAGUUGGAUCUGAAACCCCCAUCACUUGCGAACUCAGUGGCUUAAGGGGUGUGGUUGUGGAGGAAACAGCAGAACAGCAUUUUCUGAAACACAACGAUGCCGGUUCUUGGAUACAAGACUCUGCUUUGAUGCUAUCCAUGAGUAAAGAGGUUCCCUGGUAUCUGGAUGAUGGGACUGGUCGUGUGAAUGUGGUGGGUGCCCGAGGUGCCACAGGUUUUGUGUUACCAGUAGUGAGUGAGGUGUUUGAAGAGUCAGGAAGAUCCAUUGUACGUGGGACAUUGGAUUAUCUCCAAGGCCUCAAGAUGCUUGGCGUCAAGCGAAUAGAGCGGCUACUUCCAACUGGUAGUUCUUUGACUGUAGUUGGUGAGGCUGCUAAAGAUGAUAUUGGCACUGUUCGAAUUCAGCGACCGCACAAAGGGCCCUUUUAUGUCUCUCCCAAGACGAUUGAUCAGCUCAUUAUAAACCUUGGAAAAUGGGCAAGGUGGUACAAAUAUGCAUCGAUGGGCCUGACAGCCUUUGGUGUUUAUCUGAUUGCUAAGCAUGCCAUUGAAUACAUCAUGGAAAGGAGGCGCCGUUCAGAACUGCAGAGAAAGGUUCUUGCUGCAGCAGCUGCAAAGAGAUCUGGGCAAGAUAGUGAAGGUCAAGAUGAUAAUGCCCCGGAUGGGACUAAGAGAGACCGACUAGUGCCGGAUUUAUGUGUGAUAUGCCUUGAGCAGGAGUACAAUGCCGUAUUUGUCCCGUGUGGCCAUAUGUGCUGUUGUACAUCUUGCUCCUCACAGUUGACCAGUUGCCCUCUUUGCCGGCGGCGGAUUGAACAGGUGGUGAAAACCUUCCGCCAUUGAGGAAGGCUAAGCCACUUAUUACCUAGGCCACGUAGAGAUGAGGACCCCAAAAAAAUUUCAUAUUAAAAAUUGUAUAUUUUUAAUUUUUAGAAAUUUGAUUUUUCAUAUAAAAUAAGUUGGAAAGAUCAGAGUUUUGCAUGAUAA